UGAAGUGCCGCCGAGCUGUGGAGGCAGCGGAUUCCAGAGCGAUAGGGCGAAAUCUCUCCUCAGGUAAGAAGAAAUACUCACCUGUGAUAGUCAAUCUGCUUUUGUUUAUCCUUUAGGUCGAAGUUUGUAGGGUUUUGCCCUCGGAUCCUGAUGGAAAAAUUGGUUCUUGGGGCGGAUUGUUGGAAGAGCCCUUUAGGUUUUGAUAGGCGGGCGCAGUCCUCUUUAUGCUCACUGUUGGAUCCCUUGUUCAUAUGACCAGUAAUUUUGAUCCCGUUUGGCGGAAAGGUGGCAUUUUUAGACUUUUUUUUUAUAAGCUACAUUCCGAUGGAGUAUUUGGCGUGCAUUGACAUUGUAGAGGUGUUUCCCCUUUCCCAAUCUUACUCCAGUUAUGCGAGAAGAUAUGCACAAAGAAAGGAAGAAAUGAAUUCUGCAAUGGAUGCUCUUUAUGAACAAGAGGCCAGAGCAAGGAAUUCUAAACAGCCAGAGAAAUGCAGGAGCUAGAGUACCAGCUUGCUCGUGCUUCAUGGGGGAAAUUACCAUAACACGAGCAGUUGAUUUGGAUUCUUCAAAUGAAUCAUCUGAUCACGUUAAUGAUACAACUUCUCCAGAAGCUUCCAAUGUUGAGUCUGGUUCUUCAAGCGUAUCAUCUGAUCAGGUUACCGAUACAACUUCUUCAGAAUCUUCAGGAGAUGAAGCUAUGGGUACCGAAAGUGAAAGAUUAUCAGAUGAACUGAUCUCUUCCUUGCCAACCUCUACAUACAAAACCUGGCUAUUUUAUUUUUGGGACAAAAAUCAAGAGUAUGCAUCCUACUCUGUUUGCUUACACGGCACAAAGUUGUCCAAUAAUUUUGAAAAGUACAAUAUAAUGCUUCUAUAAAAUUCUAUAAGAACAUAUACUUGUAGGUAAAAUAGCAACAAAAUUGAACAUGUUGGUUCUUAUAUACGGUAUGAUGGAAUUUGCAACCUAUUUUGUAAAAACUCAAAAAAUUAUAGGAGAGAAUGAAGACAGAUAGAUGAAAAGAGAGAAAAUGGAAAGAUUAGUUGAAUUAAUACUUCCUCUGCAUACACAAUCUAAUUAAUUGAUGUCUGUCCUGUGAUUAAUUGCUGCCUACCAUAGCUAGCCAUAGCCCACGGUCAAUUUACAACUUUCAUUACUAAUGUUCAUUAUGCACACACUAUACAAUUUUUGACCUGUCCAAUAUAUUUAAAUAAAAUUUUGAUAGAAAUACAAAUCAAUAAACAUUCUGAAGUUUUACUUUGAUGAAAGUCAAUGAUAAGAGGUGAAAACAAGGCAAGUAUUUUGUGUUUGUCAAAAUCUCCAAAGUUUAGAUAUCAACUUCUUUCUUAUGAUGGUUCUUGUUGCACACAAAUGUGUGAUCUGUUGCCCGCCUUCCAAGAAACAAGAUCAGUUGAUGAAGUUAUCAUGCCAGCAUAAGUACCAUAAACAAUGUGUUGCUAAAUGAUUAACAAUGAAUAAUGUAACACUCUUUAUCAUUCUGUCUCUUAUUUCGACAUUACCCUUUUAGAUCUAUUUUGGAGUUUUUCAUAAUGCAAUAACUGAGAUUUUCUAAUAAGCAUGAUCAGAUGGUUGAUCGUCCUAAACCCAACAUGAAACUUUGCCAUUAUGUCAUUCUGUAGUAUCAGUGGUUGAUUCCUCAUCUCUUGUUUGGAACUCUGUGCUUGUAGAUUUUAUCCAACUAUAAAUAGAUCGAAUAUCUUGCUGUUUUAUGCUUAGCCUUUGUCUCACUUGUAUGUUAAUAUUAUUACAAUUCUCUUUGAAACUUAUCUGCACUGUUCCAGAUUCACUGAACAAAUGCAGUGUAGCUCUUUCCUAAAGUUCUUCUACCACUUCUAAAUGUUGCAAACUCAUAAUUAACGUUCCUUCAAACUCACUUAUGGAC